AUGUCACCUCCACCCUAUGUCACAGUCAGGUUUUCACCCGUCCACCCUACGUACUUGUCACAGUCAGGUGCACCCUCCACCCUAUGUCGACCAGGUCAGCGUCACCUCCACCCUAUGUCACAGUCAGUGCGGUGUCACCCCCACCCUACUGUCACAGUCAGCAGUGUCACCGCUCCCCACCCUAUGUCACGUCGUGUCGUGUCACCGUUCACCCUGACUUGUCAAGUCCAGCGUGUCACCUCCACAUCUCUAAUGUCACAGUCAGCGCGUGCCACCCGUCCGCCACCUAUUCACAGUCAGCGGUCCACCCCUCCUACCUAUAGUCACAGUUUCGAGGGCCGUCACCCUCCACCGAUGUCUCAGUCAGAGUGUUCACCGCUGCCACCCUAUACCACACCAGUCAGCGUGUCACCCUCCACCCUAUGCCACAGUCAGCGUGUCACCCUCCACCCUCUGCUAAUUACUGCUAAUACCACCAGUCACGCGUGUCACCCCUCCACCCUAUCGUCACCAGCUAUCAUGCGCGGUCACCCUCGCGACCCUAUGCCACCAGCCAGAACGCUUCGCCGGCGACCCUUUCCCUAUGCACAGUCAGUAACAGUAUCACGUGCUACAACCCUUCCACCUACUGCACAGUCAGCGCUGUCCCCUCCACCAUACCACAGGUCAGCGUGUCACCCUCAUUCCUAUGUCACAGUCAGCCGUGUCACCUCCACCCUAUAG